UGAUAGACACGGCUUCUCUGCCACCGCUGUGUACAACGGUGCGUUGAUACUUACAAACAUAUCUAUCGGGCGCUGAUUGCCCGCAAAUCUCCGGCGCAACUUGCCCACGGAGGCUUGACGAGUAUAAGAACGGGAUGAGCCCUGGGGAAGGUUCCCGAGACACCCGCGAAAAAAACACAAAUCGACAUGCGCUUCAGCCUGCUUCUCUCGACCCUCGCCCUGCUCGCCGCGUCUACGGGCGUCCUCGCUCAGUCCGCAGACUGCCCUGGGCAAGGGCCUGUCGAUGUACGUCACACCCAUCCGCCCAUCCGCUGAGUCCGCGCGAUGACGGACAAAUGCAUUACAGUGGUGCCUCGAGCACUGCCGCAGCUGCUGCGCCCGCUUCCCGACGUCCUCCGAGUGCACGCCCAACAAGUUCACGUGUGUCAACUUAUGCCAAAGCCCGUAAAUGUCGAGGGAUAAUAUUCGAUUCGGUCGCAGUGGGAAGCACAUAAGAGCGGUCAUGACGUUCUGGUUCACGGGAUUCAAUAUGGAGACAUCGCCGCGUCUUAAGUAGUGAUGUGGUCACAUGCAAGUAGCUACUGUGUCAUGUACUGGUCUGAAUAGACCCCCG